CACAUAUCACGUACUAGGCAUUAAGAAGCAUGUAACUAAUAAUUGACUGGGCUUAUACCAACCUAUAGCGAGGUAACGACUACAUAUACUAUCACUUCAUCCGACCCUCCCAAUAAUCUUCUCGCCACUCACAGGCGCGCUGUCAGGGGCCAACCAAACUGCCAGUCGCCAAUAAUUAUUCUCUGCUCACCCGUGGUCGAGCUGAUCCAGCGGCUGCCACCACCACAAAGGAGGGGGGGGGGAAAGAGAGGAGAAAAAAAAAAGGAGAUCUUUUCCUGCAUCUACUGCAUCUAUCCCUCUCUCCGUUAUUCUCUCUUGUCUUCCAGAUAACCGAAUAGUUGAUUUCUCUUCCAAGUCUGUCAGGUCAGACUAGUGAAGAAAUGAAGGCCAUCCGACGCUCGCUCAAGGGGGAUAAGGAUCCCAAACCCCAUCACCACCAUAUCUCCAUCACUCCCAAGUCUGCCAUUGCCAUCCUGCCUCCCAAGAAAGUUAUCAGAGCCCUCUACGAUUACCAACCGGAAGCCGGGAACGCGCAGGAAUUGGCCUUCAGCAAGGGCGACUUCUUCCACGUUAUCAGCAGGGAGGACGAUUUGGAUUGGUACGAGGCGUGCAACCCUCUCAUCCCUAGCGCCAGGGGGCUGGUCCCGGUCUCGUUUUUCGAGGUGAUUGGGAAGAACGAACGCAACAGCGACGACUCCAUCGACCUUCAUAAGAAAGAGCAUCACGACUCGGGUUUCGCCGACCGCGCCCCUGCUUUUGUCCCGUUCGCGGAACCCCCGGCAUCAACGAUCGCUACGACGACGACAGUGACGACCACCACACCACCACCCCCACCAACAGCAACAAACUCGACCGUCCCUCCGUUGGGUAGUUAUAACAGAAUGUCUGCCCUCAAGGGAGCCGGGCCUAUGGUCUACGGUAUCGUUCAGUAUGAUUUCCAGGCCGAGCGCCCCGACGAGCUGGACGCCCGCGCCGGCGAGGCCAUUAUCGUCAUUGCCCAGUCCAACCCCGAGUGGUUUGUCGCGAAGCCUAUCGGUCGCCUUGGCGGGCCAGGCCUGAUCCCCGUCUCCUUUAUCGAACUGCGCGACAUGCAGACCGGGCAGGCUGUCACCGAUCCGCUCGAGGCCGUCCGUCGCGCCGGUGUCCCCAAGGUGGAGGAGUGGAAGAAGAUGACCGCCGAGUACAAGAACUCCAGCAUUACCCUCGGCAAGAUCGACUCCGCCGCCUCGGGGGUUCAGUCGGCAACCGCUGGCAUGGAGAAGAUGUCCAUGACCAACAACAACAACAACAACAACAACAACAACCAUAAUAGUUACGCCAGUCACACCAGCCAGAACGGCACUCACCAGAACUACCACCAGCGCAAUCCCAGCAAGGUCUCGCAGCAAGCCGCCGCGGUUGCGGCCCCCCCCCAGAACUAUCUGCUCGCGCCCGUAGCUGCCUCCAUCCCCCGCUACUGCUUCGACAACGACAAGUACUGGUACAUCAUCGAGGCGAAGAUGGAAGAUGGUCGCUGCUGGGAGCUGUCGCGCUACUAUCACGACUUUUAUGAUUUCCAGAUCGCCCUGUUGACCCAAUUCGAGGACGAGGCCGGCAACAAGGGCAAGCCGCGCACCCUGCCGUUCAUGCCCGGCCCCGUCACCCACGUCACCGACGCCAUCUCCAACGGUCGCCGACAGAAUCUGGACGAAUACAUCCGAAAAUUGCUUUCCAUGCCGCCGCACAUCGCCCGCUGCCAGCUGGUGCGCCAGCUGUUCGCGCCACGCGCCGGCGACUUUGAGAUUGAUCCUAACGUCUUUGGCGAGGAUGCCCGCUACUCCGCCGGUUCCCACCACUCCUCCUCCGUCCCGGACGGGUCGCGUAGUGCCUCCCGCCAGUCCUCUCAUCAUCAGAUGGCCGUGGCCGCCGCCGCCGCCACCACCACCACCACCACCGGGCCCCAACCUGACCGUGGCUCCCAUCAUCGCUCCCAGCCAUCGCUGUCCCAGACAAAUGGCAACCACAACGGCGCCGCUCCCGCGGUCACCCCCACCCCCGCAGCUGCUAUCCCUCCCUCCCGGACGGAUCUCCAGGGCCAGACGAUGAACCGCCAACCCAGUUCGCUGACGCAGGUCUCAACUACGUCAAGCAGCGGUGCGAUGAAGAUCAAGGUGUUCUUCCAGGACGACCUGAUCGCCAUCCGCGUGCCCAACGAUAUCAACUUCCAGCAGCUCAAGGAAAAGCUGAUGGACCGCCUGAAGCUGACUGAUGAUAUCAUGGUGCAGUACAAGGACGAGCCCUCGGGCUCGUAUGCCGACAUGCUGAGCGAUCACGAUCUCGAUAUGGCGAUACAGCGUAAUUCCAAGCUGACGCUAUCCCCCUCCACCCCCCACUAA